UUGUGCAUAUAUAUAAUCACAUACUAGACGUUUUCUUAUCAGAAAUAACAUUCUCCUUCGAGGGAAAAUUAUUAGUAAAUUCGUAACGGAAGGAAGUCGAAAGUGUAUACGCAAAAAGGAUACCAGUAUAAAGUUUUGAAAAAUUUAACAUUUUAAAAUACUUCUCAUAACUAAGUAAAACCGGGAAACUUAAAUGUAAAGUCAAUUACUAAUAGAUGUUUAAUUGUUUAUCCUGAGAGACUUUUAUACGCUGGCUGUAUGUACUAUAAUACUAUAUAUAUAGUAUAUGUUUACAAUUAUUUGUAUUCAUUAAAAAAUCGGUCAAUAAAUUAAUUUCGAUUCAACAAGGGACUGCAUGCCGAUAUUUUCGUAGCAAAAAGGGAUUAGGUAUUAAAAUGAGUCAACUCCAAAGUUCUAAUUCGGGUGGUCAAUUUAUGGAUCGGGGGCGCAUGAAUCAAAAUGGUGUUGUCCAGCCUCUUUUAACAGAUCUAUAUCAGAUUACGAUGGCAUACGCUUAUUGGAAGUCGGGAAAAACUGAUGACCAAUCGGUAUUUGAUUUGUUCUUUCGAACGAAUCCAUUUCAUGGAGAAUUCACCAUAUUUGCUGGACUGGAGGAAUGUCUAAAAUUUUUAGAUAGUUUCCACUACUCAGAUAGCGAUAUUGACUAUCUGAGGCAGACAUUACCCGAAGGUGUAGAAAAUGAUUUUUUUGAAUACUUAGCCAGUUUGACGGCAAAAGAUGUUACCUUAUACGCCAUCGAUGAGGGUACAGUGGCUUUUCCAAGGGUACCUAUUAUCAAAGUUGAAGGACCUUUGAUAAUUGUGCAGCUUUUGGAAACAACAUUAUUGACGUUGGUGAAUUAUGCGAGUUUAAUGGCAACGAAUGCUGCUCGUUAUCGUAUGGUGGCUGGAAAACAUGUGAAACUUUUAGAAUUCGGCCUACGUCGUGCUCAAGGCCCAGAUGGAGGAUUAUCGGCAUCAAAAUAUUCUUAUACUGGUGGCUUUGAUGGAACAUCUAACGUACUGGCAGGAAAACUAUUCAAUAUACCUGUUAAGGGCACCCAUGCGCAUGCUUAUAUAACGUCAUUUUCUGGAAUUGGAGAGUUAAAAACACGUUUAUUAAGACAUAAGACAACAGGUAUAACUGGUGAUCUAUUGGAUCACGCUGUCCGACAUCGGCAGGCAUUGGCCCAUGUGCUCGACGUAUCCCAGGAGGAGUCUAGUGAAGGCGAAUUGGCGGCAAUGGUGUCCUAUGCAAUAGCGUUUCCCGAUGGAUUCAUGGCGCUAGUCGAUACGUACGAUGUUAAGAGCAAAGUACAAACUUCGAAGUCAAGCAAAGACAAAAGUGUGACAAUCAAUUACGAUAUUCCUAUCAACUUGCCACAAUCUAAUGGCCACAUUCUGCAGGAGACAGUUAAUGGAUAUUUUACCGCAAAUGACGUGCAUGCGAGAAAUGAAAGUCUAGUUGCUUCGAAUGAAAGACCAUGUAUUGGUGCAUUACUGGACCUUAAUGAUGCAGUUGAAUCAAGUACGCACUUAAAUUCAGCCAGUAAACCUAAUAUCAUUUCUAGAAACGCGACAACAGAUAGACAAACUCUAACUUCUUCUGCUCCAAACACGUAUCUGCCAAAAUAUGUCGCGAAGUCAUUCAGAAGCGGGCUUUUAAAUUUCUGUGCUGUUGCAUUGGCGCUCAACGAUUUAGGCUACCAUGCAGUUGGUAUUCGCAUCGACUCCGGAGAUUUGGCUUACUUAUCUUGCUUGGCACGCGAAACUUUCGAAAAGGUCGCCGAAAGGUUUAAGGUGCCAUGGUUCAAUAAGUUAACAAUUGUUGCAUCGAAUGACAUCAAUGAAGACACCAUUCUCAGCUUGAAUGAGCAGGGUCACAAAAUUGAUUGUUUCGGAAUCGGUACUCAUUUAGUAACAUGCCAAAGACAGCCAGCCCUCGGUUGUGUGUACAAGCUAGUUGAAAUAAAUGGACAACCACGCAUUAAAUUGAGCCAAGAUGUCGAAAAGGUCACAAUGCCGGGAAACAAGAACGCUUACAGAUUAUACAGUGCUGAUGGACAUGCACUAAUUGAUUUACUACAGAAGGUUUCGGAGCCGCCUCCAAGUGUUGGUCAAAAAGUUUUGUGCCGUCAUCCCUUCCAGGAGUCAAAGCGGGCUUACGUAAUUCCCUCCCAUGUUGAAUUGUUGUACAAAGUAUAUUGGAAGGACGGCAAAAUUACACAACAGUUGCCCACAUUAGAACAAGUGCGCGAAAAGGUAAAGAUUUCGCUUAAAACCCUGCGGAAUGAUCACAAGCGCACACUCAACCCAACGCCCUAUAAGGUGGCCGUCAGCGACAAUUUAUACAACUUUAUACACGAUUUGUGGCUGCAAAACGCACCGAUUGGCGAACUCUCAUGAUCUAUAUAAUUUUUUAAUUUCCCAAAAGAGUCAUGGUGCAAAUCAUAUGAACAUAAAAUUAGAAAAAAUUCAUCGGAAUUUGACAUAGGCAGCGGUGAAAGCAAAUUACAUUUACAAUUCUCAUUUCAAUACAUUCGUAGAUUUACAUAUAUAUGUAUAUAUGUAUAUGGAAAUCGGAUUGGGAAAAUAUAAGGUACGCAUUACAGAAAAUGCUAUUAAUAUACAUAUGUACAUACAAUAAUAAAUACAGAUUACAGCACAACUUAUCAGGAAUGCGUCUUGUGCCUUAUGUACACAGACCCGGUUAUAUAUAAAUGCAUAUGAAUGUAAAUUCGUUUGCAUGAUUUUUAAGUACAAUUAUUAGUUAUGCAAAUAAGCGUCAUUGUAGGUAUGUACACAAAUGUGUGUAUAAGAGCUUUUUGAUAGAUGUUAGUUGAACAUUAAAAUGUAGAUGAUGUAUUACACUCACAAUGAACCAUACUGAAAUAUUGCAAGUUAAGAAAAAGUGUCGUAAUUAAUAUAAUAUAUUUUAAGAUACCAUUAAAAUAGAUUGUGAAAUUUGCUAAAAAAAGAAGAUAUUUACUUAUUUUCUUGCAAAACGUUAAAUAUGCACAACUUAACCUUCAUUAAACCCUUUAUUGAGUAUAGAAUGCGUACCUAAAAUAGCAUUCCGAAUCAUGUAAGCCACAAUAUAGGCAAUUUCUUAUUAAUGAAAAGAUUUUGUCUCCCUGACGCACCCAAUGUAGUUUAGAUUUAUAAUGUCUGUAAUUGAUUAAGUUACAUAUUAUGACAUUAUCAAAGCGUACAUACUACUAAGGCGCAUUUUGUAUAUUUAAUAUAGUUUGACCGUGUGUUUAAAAUUAAGUAUUGGUUUAUGUUUUUAAAUUAGAAUUAAAAGAUUGGAAACACAAAAAUAAAAUUUGUACAAAAUAAAUCAUCUAAUAUUCAGUUUAUUAUUACGGUGAGAUGAUAUAUGUAAACUGUUUAAAGAGAGAGUUACCUGACUACCAUAUAAACUCGUUAAUGACAAAAAAACGGAAACACAUACAUAUAAUUAUUUUCAAAUUUUUAUUAAUUUAUUGGUUGUAUCAUUGUCUUGUACAUUUCAAAAAUUCAUAUCCUUAUUAAGUAUAUUGUUAUGAAAGAUCUUUUUAAUCUACUCUGAAUCGUUACACAGGAUUGUUCAUCGAUUUAAGUAUGCAUGUAUUUUGUAUAUUAAGUUUUCGUCCGUUUAUUUUCACGUGGGUAUAUAUGUAUGUAUAGUAUAUAAUUCACUACAUAAUAUGAAACUGUUUAACGUUGAAGAUAAAUAAUUUUUAUAUUUUUGUCACUAUUUACUAUUCCGCUUUUAUAUAUAUGUAUGUUCUUAAAUUCUUUAUUGUUUGGUUAUAAUUCUUUGAUUAAUUAUCUGAGUAUUUGUACACUUCUUGCUUUAAAAAUUGUUGUUUAAGGAGUAGUCAUAUAAUGCAAAUUUUAAUGUGGAUACAUUGCCACUCGGCGAUGUUCUCUGUUUUCGUAUUACAACUUAAAAAAUAUGAAUAAAAAUAUUAUUGUUUCCAA